AGUGCACAACAACUCUUCGCUAUCGUUCAUUGAUACUUCUAACAUUCACAAUGACUUCCCCAAAACGUCCAGUUCGCAUAGCAAACUGCAGCGGUGCAGUGCCGGAUCCAGGCUAUCACAUGUACAAUCAAGCAAAACAUGGACCAGUCGAUGUGAUCACAGGCGACUAUCUGGCCGAAAUCAAUCUUGGAAACGAUGCCGAAGCGUUUACCAAAGGCCAGCAUUCAGGAUGGUGUCAAACAGCAUGGGACGGCAUCGAGAUGUCAGCAGAGCUUUUGGCCGAGAAGAAGAUUAAGGUCGUGAUCAAUGGCGGAAUGCUCAAUCCAAAAGGUCUCGCUAUGAAAGUCCACGAAUAUGUUCGAUCGAAGAACUUGGAUUUGACAGUCGCAUAUGUCGAAGGCGAUAACUUACUUCCUCGCAUUGGAGAGAUUUUGUCGAAAGCUGAAGAAGAUGUCGACCUACCUCAUCUGGACAGGAACAAUGCGAACGUGAAAUUAGAGGGAAACUCGCGGGUAUUCCUAGAGCAUCCGGAACGCAACCCGAUUGUAUCGGCGAACGCAUAUCUUGGAGUUCGUGCAAUACGGAAAGGACUUGAUGAAGGUGCAGACAUUGUUAUCUGUGGCCGCGUUUCGGAUGCCAGUCCAGUUAUCGGUGCUGCAUCUUGGUGGCAUCAAUGGAAGCACGAUGACUUUGACGCUUUGGCUGGAGCGCUGAUUGCCGGUCAUCUAAUCGAAUGUAGCACAUAUGUUACUGGUGCAAACUUCGCUGGCUUCUUCCAAUACGAGAUCCCUCAACUCCUGAACUUGGGUCUGGGCAUCGUCGAGAUCGAAGCAAAUGGAGACUGUAUCGUGACGAAACACGACAGUUUGAAUGGCAAUAUCUACCUCAAUUCCGAUGUCAAGGCGGACACAACCCACAUUAGGAUUGAAGACGUCGGAAAAGACAGAGUGAAGGUCUCCGGGACCAAAGGCUGUCCGCCGCCUUCGACUACUAAACUUGCAGUCUUUUACAAAGGCGGUUGGCAAUGUGAAUUUCUCGUCAAUGCCACUGGAUACGCGACCGCGAAGAAGUGGGCACUUUUUGAAGCUCAAGUGAGGACAAAGCUGCAAGAUUGGAAUGUCCUGGACAAAUUCGACGUGCUUGACUUUCAGUGGGUCGGCAGACCGGAGGAAAAUCCUUCUUGUCAGUUAGCCUCCACCACAUAUAUGCGUGUUUUUGCGCAGGCGCAGGAUAAGGAAGUACUCACGAAACUUCCUGGAGCCUUUGCCGUGAACGCGAUGCAGCAUUUCGCCGGAUUCCAUUCGUCGCUGGAUAUGCGAACCAUUAUUCCGAAAGAGUAUAUUGCAUUUUACCCUGGUAUAACCGAGCAAUCAGAGCUAGACGAGGGCGUCAGCAUCAUUGACAAGGCUUCUCAGCAGAUCUCGAGACAUACUGUUGGUCCCCCAAAGACGACAGAACCUCUUGCGCCACGUGAAGACUACGACCCAACUUCGCCUGUGGACCUGGCAAGCUUUGGAGAGACUAUUCUGGCGCCGAUUGGAGAUAUCGCUCUUGGCCGUAGUGGUGACAAGGGAGCCAAUGUCAACAUCGGUCUCUACGUCCAGACAGACGAAGAAUGGGAUUGGCUGCGCUCUCUACUGACCAAGGCCAAACUAAGAGAGAUGAUGGGAACCGACUGGAAGGACUGGUAUUACAUUGAGCGAGUCGAGAUGCCUGACAUCAAAGCAGUUCAUUUCGUAGUAUACGGACCUUUGGGAAGAGGUGUCACGAGUAGUAAGAUCUUGGAUGCACUCGGCAAAGGCUUCGCAGAGUUCAUUCGCGCUGUGCAUGUGCCGAUUCCGAAGCGGUUCCUACAGGCCAGGGAGUCCAGAGCGAAUCUGUAGAGGUAUGAACUCUUGUACCUGAAAGAUACUGUCUCGGCC